GAAAUGGUCUGGAAUUUUAGCGAUCAGGACACGAUCGUCAUUACUGACAAAGGUAGAGGAGGGAUUCGUCAAGAGAAGUGGCCCCGGUCGCCGACUUCCUCAGCCCCGCUAUAUUUCGCUUUUUCAACAUUCUCACCGCACCUCCCGGCCCCUGACUGUGUCGUCUCGGAAGAAAGAAACCCUAGAAAACAAUUCAUCGAAGCAACCAAGCUUCAUUACCAUUCGCAUUUUGACUUCACUGAUUUCCUGUGCUCGGACAAUUCCGCCGGGACUCCCUUUCCCACACUUGUUCGUGUCAAUGUCUGGUUGAUCACUUUCCUCGGUUUAUGAAAUUUGAAUUCAAGUGUUCCAGACCUCUUUCCCCUGACGCAUUCCUUAUUUCUGGUGAUUUGACUGUCGAAUGUGUAUUUAUAACCUAAUCGGUACAUUUUUUUUUUUUUUGUUUUUUUAGUAUCGACCACUGGUUGAAUUGAAAGGAAGUCGUUGAAACUGUUGUUUGGGACUUGUAUACGGACAUGUAGUAUAUUUUGGGGUUUGUUUGUUUGGAUCGAGGAGUUGGAUUUUGAUCCUCGUUUGCUGUAAAUUAAUGCAUUUUCUUUUAAGGGGGAGAAGUCGGGGUGUAUGAUCGGGAUUUGAUGGAGAACACUGGAGAAGCAGGGGAUGAUCAGGGCUCUGGUUGGUUGCAAGUUAAAAAGAAACAUAGAAGUAGCUCAAAGUUCACUCUCCAAGGUUGGGUUGGGGGAUUCUCUGGAAAACAGACCUCUAAUGUUCUGCGCAGUCAGGCUUCAUCAAAUGUAAAAGGUGGGAAUUCAUAUGGCAAGCUUCGUGGCCAGCAUCCAAAAGCAGUGGGUGAUUGUGCUGCAAAUAGCCGUGACAACACUGCAAAUACUUCUGUUUCAGUCGACGACAAAAGCAUGCAUUACCUCGAUAAAUGUGUAGUUUGUGAAGACAAUGAAUGCCCCAAGUCACUUCCGUUGAGGGCUCCCACAAUUUGUAAUAAAACCGGAGUUGUUGAAAAGCUUCAUCAAAAGGAUAAGCCUGAUCUUUGUCAAAAAAUCAAGUGGAGUGAUUUGGAUGAUGGUGCUGUUGUGUUGCCUAAAACAGAGACAGUUGGUGUUGAAAUUAGGUUUGGAGAUAUUGGAACUGAUGCCUAUGGGAAGACUGAGGAUGUUUCAGAACCAUGCAUUUCUCAUUCCACUGACCUCAAAGGGGACAAAGUGGAGAUAACAUCUGUAAAUGCUGAUUGUGCUGUUUGUCAGUCAUUCUCAUUUGUUCCAGGGGAUGAAGUGAACUAUAAAGAUGUGAAUGAAGUUUCAGAGGAUGUCAAGGUUCCAGUUGAGAAUGAAGUUCCAGAGGAUGUCAAGGUAGAAGUUAUAAAUGAUGAAUUAGUCAACUCCAGUGGAGAUGUUUCCAGUCAGAGGGAAACAUGCAAACAAGUCCAAGCCAUUAGUAAUGAACAUUUAGAUGUUAGCACUCUGUUUGGUCCCACAGACAAUGAACAGGUUGGGAUGAUGGUGGUUUCUUCUGCACCUAUAAACAUGUGUGAAGCAGGUGAUUCAGAAAUAUCUGAUGUACCUGUGGUAGAUACGGUUUCAAGCAGUGUGUCAAUCCCCCAAAACAUUGACUCGCUUACAUCUGAAAAGACUGGAACUGGAAAGCCUGGAGAAUCUAUGGCAGCAACCUCCUUUGAAGAUUAUGCUGAUCAUCAGGCAAACAAAAUCCUUGAUGAUUUAGCGAAUGCCCAGAUUUUUACGGAUGUAGGUGACGCAGGUGAAAAUAAAGAAAGAUUUAGGCAGCGGCUUUGGUGCUUUCUUUUUGAGAAUCUUAAUAGGGCUAUAGAUGAACUUUAUCUUCUCUGUGAACUAGAAUGUGACUUGGAGCAGAUGAAAGAGGCUAUUCUUGUACUUGAAGAAGCUGGAUCUGAUUUUAAAGAACUAAAAUGUAGAGUGGAGGAAUUUGAGAAUGUAAAAAAGUGCAGUUCUCAAUUAACUGAUGGCCUACCUAUGACCAUCAAGUCUGAUUACCGCAGGCCACAUGCACUUUCGUGGGAGGUUCGCCGAAUGACCACUUCACCUCACAGGGCUGAAAUUCUGUCUUCAUCGCUUGAGGCUUUUAGGAAAAUCCAACAAGAAAGAGCAAACAUGCAUGCAGCUGCUGAUGCUGAAAAGCUGAGCCUUAAUUAUCCUAGUUGCGAUCAUAUAACCAAUGAUAUUUCAGAUAAAUAUGCUGGGAAAAGUUCUUUGACACCAGAUGCUAAAGAAGCAGUGCUGAAGUUAAGGAAGCACAGUGGAGUUUCGGGCACCACUCGAGGAAGCUUGAGUGGAGAGAAUAGGAGUUCUGACUCAGGUAGGUCCUGUAGAAUAAAUCCGACACAAAAUAGCCAUCUUCUCUUACAGAACCGAUCUGCUUCUAGUAUCAAUGCAUCUCGACUACUUUUUAGGGAGAGCUCCACUGCUGCUGUCACUGGAAAGAGCAAAAGGGAACUGGUUGGAUCCACUUCUGAAACGGAAAAGCUUCUUCCUAAGAAAGAUAAAAUGUUGACAGAACAUAUGGUUGAGAAAAACCCAAAAUAUGUGGAUCACCUUAAGAAGCAAACUCCUCUUUUUGAAAGAGAUAAGGAGAAGAGAAAUGGACCAUCAUGGAAAUCCAUGGAUGCCUGGAAGGAGAAAAGGAACUGGGAGGACAUACUUGCAUCUCCAAUGCGCGUCUCUUCCCGUCUUUCACAUUCCCCGGGGAUAAGCCGGAAAAGUGCUGAGCGUGCACGAAUUUUGCAUGACAAACUAAUGACUCCUGAGAAGAAAAAGAAGUCUGCUUUAGAUUUAAAAAAAGAAGCAGAAGAAAAACAUGCACGGGCAAUGAGGAUUAGAAGUGAGCUAGAGAAUGAAAGAGUUCAAAAGUUUCAACGAAACUCAGAGAAACUUAACCGUGUUAAUGAAUGGCAAGCUGUUCGCAGCAUGAAAUUGCGGGAGGGAAUGUAUGCUCGCCAUCAAAGAAGUGAAUCUCGCCAUGAAGCUUUUCUAGCCCAGGUUGUGAAAAGAGCUGGUGAUGAAAGCAUUAAGGUUAAUGAGGUUCGUUUUAUUACUUCGCUGAAUGAAGAGAACAAAAAAUUUAUAUUACGCCAGAAACUUCAUGAUUCAGAAUUGAGGAGAGCUGAGAAACUUCAAGUGAUGAAAAGUAAACAAAAGGAGGAUAUGGCGAGAGAAGAAGCUGUUUUGGAGCGCAAGAAGCUAAUUGAAGCUGAGAAGUUGCAGCGUCUUGCUGAGACUCAGCGGAAAAAGGAAGAGGCUCAAGUAAGAAGGGAAGAAGAACGAAGGGCAUCAAGUGCAGCUCGAGAGGCAAAGGCUAUAGAACAGCUGCGCAGGAAGGAGGUUAGGGCUAAAGCCCAGCAGGAGGAAGCUGAACUUCUAGCUCAGAAAUUAGCUGAAAGACUUAGUGAAAGUGAACAACGUCGCAAAUUUUACUUAGAACAAAUACGGGAGAAAGCUUCAAUGGAUUUCAGGGAUCAAUCUUCACCUUUGCAGCGGCGCUCUGUGAACAAGGAGGGUCUGGGGAGAUCUACACUUCCCUGUAAUGGUGAAGAGCAACAGGCAAAUGUCACCAGUUUAGGAGGUUCUACUCUGCAAAAUGGCACUCUCACAUUGCAACACUCCUUAAAGCGAAGGAUUAAAAAAAUACGCCAGAGGCUUAUGGCUUUGAAAUAUGACUUUCCUGAGCCUCCUGUUGAAAAUGCUGGCAUUGGAUAUAGAACAGCAGUGGGAACUGCAAGGGUCAAAAUUGGAAGGUGGCUUCAGGAGCUUCAGAGACUUCGGCAAGCAAGGAAAGAAGGGGCUGAUAGUAUUGGAUUAAUCACUUCUGAGAUGAUUAAGUUUUUCGAGGGUAAAGACCCAGAAGUGCAGGCUUCUCGCCAAACUGGUCUACUUGAUUUUAUUGCUUCGGCCCUACCAGCUUCUCACACAUCUAAACCUGAGGCCUGCCAGGUGACAAUCUACCUUUUAAGACUCCUAAGGGUACUGCUAUCAGUGCCCAUGAAUAGGAGUUAUUUUCUUGCCCAAAAUCUCUUGCCCCCGAUUAUCCCCAUGCUGGCAGCAGCUCUUGAGAACUAUAUCAAGAUUGCAGCAUCAUCAAAUAUCCCUGGUAGCUCCAACUUGCUACCAAGCAAAACCUCUGUUGAAAAUUUAGAAUCAAUCUCUGAAGCACUUGAUGGCUUUUUGUGGACUGUUGCAUCAAUUAUUGGUCAUGCAAGCUCUGAUGAACGGCAAAUCCAGAUGCAGGAUGGUUUACAAGAGCUUAUACUUGCUUAUCAAGUUAUUCAUCGGCUGCGAGAUCUUUUUGCUCUUUAUGACAGGCCACAGGUUGAAGGGUCACCAUUCCCUUCAUCCAUUCUCUUGAGCAUAAAUCUGUUGGCAGUUUUAACAUCCAGAUCCAGAACAGGUUCUUCCAUUGAUUGGGAAUCUUUUCCAAUAGAAGUGGUACCGGAAAAUAUGACUUCAAAGCCUAAGAUUGAAGAGGGUGCAGAGUUUGGAUGUUCCUCAGUAAUUAACUCAAAUGGGGAAGAUAGACCUCAACUAUCUUCCCUAAAUGGUGGCACAGCCGUACCUUUGCCAGAUGUACCGGAAGAUAGGCCAUUAGAUGAAUCAUGUAUGGUAACAAGAAGCAAUGUCUCAGUUGUGAAUGCAAAAGAUUCUGAUAACCUGGAGGUUUUUAACACAAAGAUGGAUGCUACAGAUAUUUUGUUUAAGUCCCAGCAUGUUUUGAUAGACAAUGCGGCAAACUCUUCUGUACUGCAGAAGGAUGAGAAGAACUCUCUGAAUGAUGGUGCUGCACAAAAGAAUGAAAAUAAAUUAAGCUUGAAGGCACCAGUAACAUUUCUACUUUCUGCCAUAUCUGAAACAGGCUUAGUUUGUCUUCCUUCUUUGUUGACAGCUGUGCUAUUGCAGGCAAACAACAGAUUGUCCUCUGAUCAAGCCUCGCAUGUUCUUCCAUCUAAUUUUGAAGAAGUGGCAACUGGGGUUCUGAAGGUUUUGAAUAAUUUGGCUCUAAUAGACAUUACUUUCACACAGAGGAUGCUAGCCAGGCCAGACCUGAAAAUGGAAUUCUUCCACUUGAUGAGUUUUCUGCUUUCCCAUUGCACAAACAAGUGGAGAGUAGCUACUGAUCAGGCGGGCUUGCUUCUGCUGGAAUCUUUACUACUACUUGGCUAUUUUGCUUUGUUCCAUCCUGAAAAUCAAGCUGUACUUAGAUGGGGAAAGAGCCCUACCAUUCUUCAUAAGGUAUGCGAUCUACCUUUUGUGUUCUUCAGCGACCCUGAGUUGAUGCCAGUCUUAGCUGCUACACUAGUUGCUACCUGCUUUGGUUGUGAGCAGAACAAGGAUGUAGUUCAGCAAGAACUUAGUACUGAUAUGCUUCUCUCCUUGAUAAGAUCUUGCCGAAAUGGUUUGCCUGCAGUUCAAUCUAGUUCUACCUCAGCCAAUCCUCUGACAGAAUGCGCUAGUGAAUCUAAUCAGCUGGGCCCUGAAUCUCGUAGACUUCAAGUUCAAGGUGAGAUGAUCCUUAGAUCUGGCCGUUACAAUCUAAGAAGCACCCGAAUUCCUUCUGGAAGGGGUGGUUCUUCUGCAAACAGCAUCAGAUCCAGCAAGACGCGAAACCAGAAAGAAAGCAAAGCACUGAAACUUGGAGGCGAAGAAACGUCUCUGAAACAAAAUCAGUCAGCUUCAGAAACCUCCUCUACUUUGAUGCUACAUUCCAGAUUUUCUGGAAGCUUCAUUGAUAGGGCAGAGCAGUUUUUUGCGGCAGAAAACACCAGUUUUAUCAACGAGGUAUGAGUUUAUGUAAUACUUGUACACGCUGGAAGUGUGAUUCUGGUCUCUAUUAUUUAACCAGUGGACAGUGCGAGCCAUAAUUAUAGAAAAUCUUGUGGGCUUCUCAUAUGAUCAACUGUAACAUGUUAUAAGAGAUGCCUGCAUAAUGAUAGGGGUGAGAUCUGGGUUCACAUUUUGGAAGCUAAUGGUCAAAUCUUAAAUCUUGUUUUCUUUGUGAGAAUCGUUUGAAGCGGAAGUAACCUAAGUUGCAAAAUAUUAGGUUUUUAAGAGGGUAUGUGAAAACUUGGAAAUGUGGAUGAGAAUAGCCAUGUAAGGAAGGGAAGGCAUGCGAGUAAGGCAGCAGGCAUUGCUUUCCCAGAAAAAGGCACAAAUCUUUGCAGUAUUCAUGACCCCUCUUAACGACGGGUACAAACUGCUAAAUUUAGGGGUUCCUAUUUGAAUUUGAAUGAAUACCGCCACCUAUUUUGUAUCCGUACUAUUGAUCUGACUGGCUUGGAAAGAUGAAGGGUAAGUUUCAUGUGGUGGUAUCUCUGGAGUGAUCACUUAUGUGUUUUCAAAAUAAAUAAAUAAAUAAAUAAUUGAACAAAAAGACUCGUCUUGUGUCAAAACGGGUUUUGACAGACAGGAACCCAAAUGGCUGGGUGAGAGAGGAAUUACUUAGAAGGAAUGACUGGCUGCGAACAAAUCGAGCGAACAACUAGCCGUGAGGCUUCGGGAUUCAAUGAUCGAGAGAGGGGCGAUCUUCGGUGAAGGAACGAUGACUUGAACCGGAAGCGAGGGAUCGACGGAACAGUAAGUGCUCGACUGAGAUAAUGGACUUGGGAUUCAGAAACAAAGGGAAAGAAGAAGAAAAAGAAGAAAGAAGACUGAAAAAAGAGGAAAAAAUGGGCUUUGGCCACUGAGAUGUGUGCGUGAGUGAUCGCCUGAGUGAUUGUCAUCAGAAACUCAUUUUGGGCCAUUUUAU